CUUCCCUCCGUUUUUUUCCCUUCUUCGGUUUUCUUAGAUUUUUCUCCCCCUAUAAACCCUCAAAAUCUCCAAAAUUUCCGAUUAUUUUAGCCCUCGGAGAUCAUCCCGAUCUCCCGUUGCUUCUCCAUCCAAAAUCCUAACUCCGAUGAAGAGAUCGAGAAGCGACGAAUCCUUCGCCUUCCGAAACCCUAGAAAAUGGCGCCCCUCUCACUUCAUCCUCGUCGCCGCCGCCGUCUACAUCCUCCUUGUCUCUCUCAGGUCCCACCACGUGUCAACCAGCGGCGGUGAAACCGUAGAAAGCGGGUUGGACUCUGAUCCGCCACCGGAACCCGUCAAGAACCCGUUAAGCUGGUCCGGUAAUCUAACGGUGAUCGAGACAAUGGCCCAAGAUGCUUGGAAUUUGGGGGCGAAAGCCUGGGAAGAGAUUGAGAAGUAUCAAAGUGAUAGUUUGAACUUAGGUCAGAAAAAGGUGGAAUCUUGCCCGUCGGAAAAUAUUUUAAAUGGGAAGAAACUGGGGGUGAAUGAGGCGGAGGAAGUGAUGCUGUUGCCUUGUGGAUUGAAGGUGGGUUCGUCGAUUACAGUGGUUGGCACUCCAAAGAAUGAUGAUAAGAAGAAUAUGUCGCAGUUUAUGGUGGAGUUGCAGGGGUUGAAGGCGGUGGAUGGAGAGGAUCCACCGAGGAUAUUGCAUUUCAAUCCAAGGUUGAAGGGGGAUUGGAGUAAUAGGCCGGUUAUUGAGCUUAAUACAUGUUAUCGGAUGCAAUGGGGGAAGCCAAUGAGGUGCGAAGGGUUCUCAUCGGAUUGGGAUGAUGACGCAGUCGAUGGAUACAACAAAUGUGAGAGAUGGGAACGUGCUGAUACUUCUGACUUGAAAGAGUCCAAGACAACUUCAUGGUUUAGUCGAUUCAUUGGUCGUGCAAAGAAGCCAGCGAUAACAUGGCCUUUUCCUUUUGCAGAGGGCAAGCUGUUUGUCAUGACGCUUCAAGCUCGCAAGGAAGGAUAUCACAUCUAUGUUGGAGGUCGUCAUAUAACUUCAUUUCUGUAUCGACCAGGAUUUAUUCUUGAAGAUGCAACAGGUUUAGCAAUCAAAGGAAAUAUAGAGGUUCAUUCAGCAUACGCCACUUCUCUACCUACUAGCCAUCCCAGUUUUUCAGUUCACAAUGUCCUGGAAAAGUCAGAAAGGUGGAAAUCGCAUCCUGUUCUUCGAGGUCCUGUUCAUCUUUUCAUUGGUAUUCUGUCUGCUACCAACCAUUUUGCUGAGCGCAUGGCUGUGAGGAAAACCUGGAUGCAGUAUCCUGAUAUUAAAUCAUCAUACGUGGUUGCUCGUUUCUUUGUUGCAUUGAGUCCAAGAAGGGGAGUAAAUGCUCUACUGAAGAAGGAAGCAGAAUAUUAUGGAGAUAUUGUGAUCUUACCAUUUAUAGAUCAUUAUGAGCUCGUGGUUCUUAAAACCAUUGCUAUUUGUGAGUAUGGGACUCGCAAUGUUACUGCAGCAUAUAUUAUGAAGUGCGAUGAUGAUACCUUCGUUCGUCUAGAUGUCAUAUUGAGAGAAAUGGAUAAACUUUCAAACAAAAACUCUCUUUAUAUUGGUAACCUUAAUCUCAGGCAUAGACCUCUCAGAAAUGGAAAAUGGGCUGUUACAUAUGAGGAAUGGCCAGAAGACAUAUAUCCACCGUAUGCCGAUGGACCGGGCUACAUAAUCUCAAAUGACAUCGCAACAUUUAUAGCCUCCAAACAUGCAAAUCAAAGACUAAGGAUAUUCAAGAUGGAAGAUGUGAGCAUGGGCAUGUGGGUUGCAGAGUUUAAUGCUACUUCCAGUGCUGUUCAAUACACACACAGCUGGAAAUUUUGUCAAUAUGGGUGCGUGGAGAAUUACUACACCGCACAUUACCAGUCACCGAGACAAAUGAUCUGUUUAUGGGGUAAAUUGGCUAUGGGUCAGGCACAGUGCUGCAACUUUUGAAAGCAUUUCGGUUGGCUUUACUUUGAUUCAUUUUAGUUGUGUACCAUUCAUUCUUCAUUCUUAUGGCAGGCUUACAUUUUUACUGUAUGUAAAUUCAAACAAAUCUCACUUGUAAUUUUAGAUGAGGGAAGAGCAUACUGUACUUAUGAUUAAAUUUUUUUAAUUAUUUCAAUGCAUUUUAGAUACCACAAAUUAAUCAUUUACUAUUC